AUGGAGCCUCAGAUUGCAACGUCUGUACCUCUUCCUUGGUUGGCUACCAUCGGGAUGGUCCCCUUGUUUUUCCUCGUUCUCAUGGACCGCCUGCCCCCCAUCUGGCCGACAUCCAAGAAAGCAUCGAUGAUUGGCCAGAAACAGCCCGAGAAUGUCACAGCGAUUGAAUGUCCGUAUACUUAUAUUCGGCAGAUAUACGGAAAACAUCAUUGGGCUCCAUUUGUGCAUAAACUUUCCCCGUCCUUGAAGAAUGACGACCCGGCAAAGUAUCGAAUGGUUCUGGAGAUCAUGGAUGCCAUCCACCUGUGCUUGAUGCUGGUUGAUGAUAUUUCUGACAAUAGCGACUAUCGGAAAGGCAAGCUGGCAGCCCACAAGAUUUAUGGUCUGUCGGAGACUGCAAAUCGUGCCUAUUAUCGAGUGACCCAGAUCCUCAACGAAACAGUCCAACGAUUUCCGAGAUUGGCCCCGUUUCUGAUGCAAAACUUGGAAGAAAUUCUCCAGGGACAGGAUCUCUCCUUGGUCUGGCGAAGGGACGGACUCAGUAGUUUACCGACGCAAGCGGACGAGCGAGCCGCGGCGUAUCGGAGAAUGGCUUCGUUGAAAACCGGUGCUUUAUUUCGACUCCUUGGCCAGAUAGUCCUGGAGAAUAAAUCUGCCGAUCAGACCUUAACCACUGUUGCGUGGUGCUCCCAGCUUCAGAACGACUGUAAAAACGUCUUUUCGUCGGAAUAUGCCAAAUCAAAAGGAUCUCUUGCGGAAGACCUGAGAAACAGGGAGCUUUCGUAUCCGAUCAUCUUAGCUCUGGAAGCCCCUGAGGGGGGCUGGGUAGCCAAAGCACUGGAGUCUGGAUCGCCACGCAACAUCCGAAAGGCGUUGCAGGUAAUCCAGAGUGAACGUGUACGAGAUGCGUGCCUCGCGGAAUUGAAAACAUGCGGCGCAUCAGUGCAGGAAUGGCUUUCAGUUUGGGGGAGGGACGAAAAAAUGAAUCUGAAAAGCUGAGGUUCUGGCCCUGUUCAUCUAUCUAUGGAUAGCUUGGCGAUGCUUGAGCUCUUUUAUAGACCGGGGCGCAGUUCCUCAGAUGAAAAAAAGAGUGUGAUUGAAGUCGAUUUCUGGCCAAUUUGGGGGAGUGUCUG